ACUGAAAUGAAUAAUAUUUAAUGGAAGCCAGCAAGCACAGAACGGUGUUGAUGUGUUGUUUACUGUCACUUUCAUCGUUCGUUCGUUUCAUCUUCCAUCAUUUCCAAGGGUCAAUGUGAAUUUGAGGGCUCUAUAUCUUUGGGGGGACUGGUGGCAGUGGCUUGUUGGAAGGGGACUUGGCCAUAGUACUCCGUGGAAGGUUGAGAGUUUGAUCUUUGAUGGAGUGCAAUAAAGAAGAGGCCUUAAGGGCCAGGGACAUUGCUGAGAAGAAGAUCGAAAGCAGGGAUUUCACGGGAGCUCGUAAAUUUGCUCUCAAGGCUCAGCGGUUGUUUCCUGAUUUGGAAAAUAUAUCUCAAAUGCUUGUUGUUUGUGAUGUGCACUGUUCUGCUGAGCAGAAAUUAUUUGGUAAUGAGAUAGACUGGUACGGAAUUCUCCAAGUUGAACAGACAGCUGAUGAUGCAACAAUUAAGAAGCAAUACAGGAAGUAUGCUCUCCAAUUGCAUCCUGACAAAAACAAGUUUGCUGGUGCAGAAUCUGCUUUUAAGUUGAUUGGGGAAGCUCAAAGAGUGCUUUUGGACAAAGAAAAACGAACUCAGCUUGACAUGAAGCGCAGGGUUCCUACAAGCAAAACUGCUAUGCCGCGCCAUAAUCCGCAGAAAGCUCCUACGAAUUUCAAUUCUGCGACGAAAACCAACAAUGUCAAGCCCAAAUUCACAAACACGAAAGCUCAGCAGCAGCGACAGCAACAACAACAAAGACAGCAAGCGAAGCAGCAACAAAAUGGUAGCCGCCCUACUUUUUGGACCCACUGCCCAUUUUGUUCUGUUAAGUAUCAGUAUUACAGAGAAGUUUUAAAUAAACCUCUUCGCUGCCAACAUUGCCAGAAGCCCUUCAUUGCAUGUGAUGCGAAUGUUCAAGGUACAUCACCAGCAACUAAUUCAAGUCAGCAAGCUUUUAACCAGCAGAAAGAUGGUCUGAAUCAUGAUGCUUCCAGGGUGGGUGUUGAAUCUCAAGGCAACUUGCAUGCUGAGAAGUCCAAUACAGGGCCUUAUGAGAAAAAAGGCCCUACUAAUGUCUCUCAAAAGCCAAAUGGAAAGAGAAAGAGGAAUCAGGUUGCAGAAUCCAGUCAAAGUUCUGAUUUUACAAGCAGCAGUGGUUCUGAAGAUGAUAUGUUUGCUGGUGGGGAUGGUUUUCCUGGUGUAGGAAACCAUUCGACUUAUGCGGAAGAACAACGGCGCAGAUCUUCACGUCAAAAACAAAAUGUUUCAUACAAAGAUAAUGUGUGUAACGAAGGUGAUGACUUAUUAAGACCCUCAAAAAGCGGUCAUGGUGAGACCACUGAAGUGAAAGUUCAGAAUGGUUUUGCUGCUGACCCUUCAUAUCCAACUUCUAAAGCGGCAAAUCAUCCAAAUGUUUAUCUCUAUCCUGAAGCAGAGUUCAGUGACUUUGACAAGGGCAGGGAAAAAAAAUGUUUUGCCGCAGGGCAGAUUUGGGCUAUUUAUGAUCCAACAGAUGGCAUGCCUAGAUUCUAUGCUUUAAUCAGUAAAGUUCUCUCUCCUGAGUUCAAGCUGCAGAUAACAUGGUUUGUACCACAUCCUGAUGACAGCGAUGAAAUCAACUGGGUAAAGGCAGAAUUGCCCGUUGCUUGUGGGAAGUAUAGACUUGGUGGCACUGACAUCACUGAAGAUCACCUAAUGUUCUCUCAUCUGGUUAUGUGUGGAAGAGUUAGCCGGAAUAUUAAAGUGUAUCCUAGAAAGGGUGAAACUUGGGCUCUUUUCAAGAAUUGGGAUAUCAAAUGGUACAUGCAUCCAGAAUCUAAUAAGCAGUAUGAAUUUGAGUUUGUUGAAAUCUUGUCAGAUUACGUCGAAGGUGAGGGUGUGCGCGUUGCAUACUUAUCUAAGUUGAAAGGUUUUGCAUGCCUCUUUCGAAUUACGAAAGAAGAUAGCCAGACAUUUCAAAUUCCACUCGGGGAAUUAUUUAGAUUCUCUCACAGAGUUCCAUCUUUCAAAAUGACUGGUCAGGAAGGAGUAGGUGUUCAUAUAGGAUCUUAUGAACUUGAUCCUGCAUCUUUGCCAUUGAAUCUUGAAGGUAUUGCUGUUCCUGAAAAUUUUGAUGUCAAGAUUGGCCAAAGUUCAUCUGACAGGGAUAAUAGAAGCAAUUUGGCUGAGAACAAGGAUUCAGUUGAUGAUAUUGAUGAUCUUCUUGCUUCUCCAGCUUCGACUCAGGGUCCCAUUGAAAUUCCAGAUUCUAAAUUCUUCAAUUUUGAUUCCAGGAGGUCCCUUGAAAAGUUUCAGAUUGGCCAGAUUUGGGCAUUUUACAGUGAUGAGGAUGGAUUGCCAAAAUAUUAUGGUCAGAUUAGUAAGAUUGAGACCAGCCCAGAUCUUGAAUUGCAUGUUCAUUGGCUUACUUGCUGCUGGCUACCUGAGGAUACCAUUAAAUGGGAAGAAGAAGAUAUGCCUAUUUCCUGUGGCAGAUUUAAUGUUCGUAAAUCAGCUGAAUUUCUCAAUGUUUAUAAUGACACAUCUUCUAUUUCACAUCAAGUGCACGCUGAUGCUGUUGUUCAGAAUAAGCGUUACGCCAUCUUUCCAAAGCAAGGUGAAGUCUGGGCACUAUAUAGAAAUUGGUCAAGUGGAAUCAAAAGUUCUGACCUGAAAAAUUGGGAGUAUGACAUAGUUGAAGUUCUUGGAGAAACUGAUGUGUUCAUAGAUGUUUUAAUAUUGGAGCAUGUCCCUGAUUUCAGUUCAGUUUUCAGGGCCAAAUCAAAUCUAGGGCCGUCUGUCAACCUUAGAAAAAUAUCCAAAAAAGAGUUGCUUAGGUUCUCCCACCAAAUCCCAGGUUUCAGGCUGACAGAAGAAGAGCAUGGCAAUCUGAGAGGCUUCUGGGAACUUGAUCCCGGUGCGCUACCAGUUCAUUACUAUCAUGUAUAAGAAGAAAGGGAUUGGGGAAGAAGAAGCGUUAUUUUGGAGACUCAGGUUUUUGUAAUUAGAUGAGGACUCACUGCAGUUAAUAUGACAGCACCGGAGGUGUACAUUUUGUUAAUGUUUCGGCAACCCCUUGAAGUUGAAGGAAGGUAUGCCGGUUCCUAAUGUGAAAUUUAUAAGUAUUAGGUUACAAAUUACUAAAGGAGGUGUGAGAGUUUAAUGAUCAUGUAGUUGUCAUAUUUUUCUGUUCUGUUAUCUUCAUUGUAUAUCUGGUAGAAAAGACUGACUUGCAUGUAUGGCAUUAGGCUCUGGUAGCCAUGGUAAAUAUGAUGUUAGCUCUCU